GUAGCAGAGUGCAGAGAUUGAAAACCAACAAAGAAGAUAAUAACUUCCGUGUUCGUCGUGGCCGACUGCUUUAAACACUUUUUAAAAGGUGAAUGUAAUUUUUUAUGCUUUUAAAAAUGGACAAAGUGAAGGACAGACGACGGGAGAACACAAGUGUGGCUACUGAGAUCGAUCGCUUGGAGGAGCGACGGGCUCGUUGCCAAGACAACCUGGAGAAGGCGGAGUUUCGAAGCAGGAAGAAGUUGUCAGAGGAGGAGAGGCAAGAAGUGGAAAAAGACAUGGCGUUAAUAACUGAGAGCGUGAAAAAAUUGGACAAGGAGUUACAGAUGUUACGCGGUGAAAACAGGAAGAACACGAUGCUGUCGGUGGCCGUGCUGGCGGCUUGCGCUCUCUUCUACUACAUCUUCAUCUACGACGACGACGCCCCAUGACACCAAAAGCGGGUUUAGUCUCGCUUGUUAGUGUGAAUGGCCUGCAGUGUACAGGACUGACAACUCAUAAAUGAGACCAAACUAAGUGCUAACGAGGGUUGGUUAGUGCCUACUUUCUGCCUCUAGAUGGCAUUAUUGUCACUUGUGUGACCUUUUGAGCAUGUGCGGCUUUUUUUUUUUAACAAAAGGUAAUUUUGUAACAUAAAUAUCACCAAAUGAGCUUAGCAUGAAGUAAAUGCAUAUACUACAUGUGCAUGCUUCUUGUUUUAUUAAAAUCAUAUUGACAUUGAAAGAGAGACAGCGCUAAAUAAUGAUCAGAAAAAUAUUAUUGUUAAUUAGCUUAUUUUUCUAGUUGAGAUUGUAUUAUAUUAGUCAUCUGCAGUGCAUUACUUGGAGGAAAAAAGAACAGCAUUUAUUUUCCCAUCAAAGCCAUUUGCAGCAGUAAGCAAGCACGGCUCAUUAAAUGAGUCACUGCGUCAAGAGAAGCCAGAAAUGGUCAACAUUUAAUUGGUUAUCUUCAAAAAUGGACAUAAACAGGAAAUUCUAUGAUAGAUCUAUGUUUUUUUUUGUUUUUCAAAAUCAGAAAUAAAGCGUCAGCCUCCACGAAAACAACAUAUUUUUAGUCUUUCUCCGACGAUAAUGCAGGACAUCAGCAUCUGGCCUAAUGUCAUCCUUAACAGAUUUUAAGGGUGGAGUUUCUGAAAAUGCUGCAGGAAAUUGCAAAAUAAGUUAAGCACCUUCCUUGCUUGGGCUAUCCAUCCAUCCAUUUUUCUACUGCUUGUCCCUCUCGGGGUUGCGGGGAGUGCUGGAGCUUAUCCCAGCUGCACUCGAUGAUGUUCUAUAGAUUGACCCACUGAAUGCUUAAUAAAAAUAUUUCAAUGUAUUUGAAAUAAAAUAAGAAA